AUGAAGAAUAUCGAUGAAAAAAUCGACGCCCUCCUUUCUUGGAUGGGCAGCGAUGGAACAGAUUCAUUGAAGUCAAACUCGCAUGUUUCGGCCAAACUCGAGGUCAAAGACGUUCCCGGUUCGGGGCGUGGUCUUUACGCCAAAGCCCCAAUUUCACGUAACGAAAGACUCAUCCGAAUUCUGCCUUCAUAUCUUUUGAAUUUCUCAACCGUAUUGGCCCACAUUCUCAAGCACAAUCCGAACGAACAAAUCCCUGCAUCUGUGCCCCAGAACUUACACGUGCCUGUGGGGAAGAAAGAUGCCGUGGGCGAUAUUUACGCUGGUCUCUCCCUCGAAACUUUGCUGGCUUUGUCUUCAUUCCAAAUCAUAUCCCUCUUUCUAGUACUAGAGAAAUCCCGGGGCUCCGACUCCUUCUGGAAACCAUUCAUCGAUAUGCUUCCUCCAAUCGAGGAAUUGAAUUUGUGCCCAUUGGUAUGGAAGAUUUUGGAUCUUCCUCAUGCAGACAGGUUGUGGGCGAUGCUUCCUCGAUCUGCACGCAAACAUUCGGACUCGGUUCUAGCCCGGUUCGAAAAGGAUCUUCUAGUGGUGCAGUCUCUUCUCCAAGAAACAGCGCUAUUCUCCAUACAAACGUUUCUUUGGGCCUGGAUGUGUAUCAAUUCUCGUUGCCUUUACAUGGAGAUUCCUCAAGCAAAAGACUCCGCAGACAACCUUACCAUGGCGCCGUACGUUGAUUUCCUCAAUCACCUGAGUGAGGAUCAAUGCGGUAUCAAAAUCGAUACUCUCGGCUUUCAGGUAUUCACCUCUACAGGUUACCAGUCGGGAGAAGAAUUGUAUUUCAGCUAUGGCGCACAUUCGAACGAGUUUUUGAUGUGUGAGUACGGCUUCACGCUUGGUCAAAACAAGUGGAAUUACGUCGACAUUACCCAUUUCAUCAGUCUUUUAUUCAACCCAAAACAGGCGCAGUUUUUGAAGGCGAAAGGAUACCAUGGUGACUACACUUUGAACAUCGAUGGCAUGUCCUUCCGAUGUGAAGUUGCUUUGGCGACUCUCCAAGAACAAGAUCCCGAAACGUCUCGAAGAUUAAACUCGUUUGUUGAGGGCACGACAGAUGGCUCGUACUACGAGCGGCAGUCGAACAAGUUGCUCAAUCGCAUAUUGGCCAAGUUGAUCGCUGAUUGCAAUGCCAGAUUAAACGCGGACCACGCCCUCGACCAUGCAGCGCAACCCCAAAUAGAGAAAAUCCGUUCCUUGUACCAGGACAUGAAGCAGAUUUGUGAGUCUGCUCAGGCCAAUCACCCAGCUGUGUGA